AAGCGCGGUAUCCAACAACGCUCGAAGCCGGUACGCGGAAAAACCAAACAUCAUCAUCAUCAUCACCGGGUCACAUAGAAAUCAUCAGUUUUCCGUGGCGAAAUGUCGUUUUUCUUGAAAUCCCUUGCUCGCACCGCUUCCUGCCUCAGCCGCCAGGUACCGAGCAGGAGUCUCCAUGUCGCUCCACGCUUGCUCGCAGCUCAGGUCACUCAGCCGGCGCCGAACUUCAAGGGCAAGGCCGUCGUCGAUGGGCAGUUCAAGGAUAUCCAGCUAGCCGACUAUCAGGGGAAAUAUCUGGUUUUGUUCUUCUAUCCUCUCGACUUCACAUUCGUCUGCCCCACAGAAAUCAUCGCGUUCUCGGACCGCGCGAAGGAAUUCCGUGACAUUGGUGCGGAACUGAUUGCCGUGUCCACGGAUUCUCACUUUUCUCAUCUCGCGUGGAUUAACACUCCUCGAAAGCAGGGUGGUCUCGGAGGGGCGAACAUCCCCCUUCUCGCUGACUUCAACAAAAACAUCUCUGCAGACUACGGAGUGCUCUUGCCCGAAGCAGGCCUUGCUCUUCGUGGACUUUUCAUCAUCGAUCCUAAGGGCGUCGUUCGUCAAAUAACGAUAAACGAUCUGCCGGUGGGACGCUCAGUUGAUGAGACUCUUCGUCUCAUCAAGGCCUUCCAAUUCGUUGAGAAACACGGGGAAGUGUGUCCGGCUAACUGGCAGCCCGAUUCCCCGACGAUCAAGCCGGAUCCGAAAAAUUCUCAAGAAUACUUCGGCAAGGUCAACUGAGUCGGAUCUCGGCCUAACGGAUGAGAGGAUUCAUCUUGAUCUUGGAGAGCUCUCGACUCCUAGACAAUUGAGGCGGCUUUUUGAGGGGCUGGCGAGGAGGUUCUGUUAGUUUCGAGAGUAUCCGCAGAAGGCCACGGACUCCCCUGAGAGGGACCUCGCGCAAUUUUCACGUAGUCUCCGUAAACGGCGAGAUCUGAGGCUCGCUGCGUCAUGAGAAAGUAUUUCGUGCAAUGUAUCCGUAAACUGGAGUUGGGUUCUAAGAGAAAUAAAAGAGAGAUAGUUCUUUAUUU